GCAACGCCGAGCUGAGCGACGCCGACUACCUCGCCCGCCGCAUGAAGCGCCGCAUCGACGACGUCGACGACGCCGAGGGCCCUGUGCUCGAGCUUGCCCAGCAGGACCCGCUCUGGCAACAAGAAGACGCCGACGGGCCCGGAUCCGUCGCCGCCGCGCUCAGCGAUCAAGCGCCGGCAUCUGCAGUCGAGCAAGCGUCGCCUUCGUCGGGAGACGCGCCCGCUCGAGAGACGAUCCUCGACACGGCGCGCCUCUUUGUGCGCAACCUGCCGUUCACCGCCACGACUCAAGAUCUCGAGCAGCUGUUUGGCGCCCAUGGUCCCGUCGAGCAGGUGCACAUCCCCGUCGACAAGCGCACCUCCACGCCAAAAGGGCUCGCCUACGUCAAGUUCGGCAAAGCUCCCGACGCGCUCGCCGCGUUCGACGCCCUCGACGGCACGACUUUCCAGGGCCGCCUGCUCCACAUCCUCCCGGCGAUCGGUCGCGGCGAGCGAGCCGAGCCUGCAGGACGCUCGGCGACGCUCAAGGAGGACCGUCUCGAACGUCGCAAGCAGUCGGCCGGCCAGUCGUUCAGCUGGGGCGCUCUCUACCUCAACACCGAUGCCGCCCUGUCGGCUGUCGCAGACCGACUCGGCAUCUCGAAAUCCGUCCUGCUCGAUCCCGCGGCGAGCGACCCCGCCGUCAAGGUCGCCCUCGCCGAGGCGCACACGCUUGCCGAGACCAAGCGCUACUUCGAGGAUGAAAAUGUCAACGUCGCCGCCUUUUCGCGGCCGGGCCCGCGCUCGUCGACCUGCAUCCUCGUCAAGAACCUCCCGUACGGCACGUCCGCCGCGUCGCUGCACUCGCUCUUUGCCCCGCACGGCGCCAUUCGCCGACUUCUCGUGCCCCCGUCCGGCCUCAUCGCCGUCGUCGAGCUCGAGGACGCCGCGGCAGCAGCAGCAGCAUGGCGCGCGCUCGUGUACAAGCAGUUCUCGGGCAGCGUCCUGUACCUCGAGAAGGCGCCGGCCGCCAUCUUCGCGUCCGAGGGCGAGCCCGGCCCGAGGAGCGAGGUCGCAGCCCUGCCCGUCACGGCCGCUCGAGCCGCAACCCGAGUCGAUCCGCCCGAGGGAGACGAUUCUGCGCAGAGCGCGGCCGCGACGCUGUUCGUCAAGAACCUCAACUUUGCCACGACGACGCCUCGCCUCAAGACCGCCUUCGACGCGUUCCCGGACGUCGUGUUCGCCCGAGUCCAGACCAAGUCGGACCCGGCCCAGCCCGGUCGUACCCUCAGCAUGGGCUUCGGCUUUGUCGGGUUCCGCACGGCGGCGGCGGCCGCCGCCGCCAAAGACGCCCGUCAAGGUUACGUCCUCGACGGCCACGCGCUCGACGUCCGCUUCGCGCAGCGCAACGCCGACCGAGCCGCCACCACGGCGCCGAGCGCAGGUGCCAAGGAGACGUCGACCAAGUUGCUCGUCAAGAACGUGCCGUUCGAGGCCACGCGGGCCGAUCUUCGGCAGCUCUUUGGGACCUACGGCACGCUCAAGUCUGUGCGCUUGCCGCGCAAGAUGGACAACAAGACGCGCGGGUUCGCCUUCCUCGAGUUUGCGACCCGGCGAGACGCCGAGGCCGCCUUCGACGCUCUCGAGCACACGCACCUACUCGGACGGCAUCUUGUGCUUCAGUGGGCCGGCGCCGACGACGGUCCUGAGCGCGAGGGCGAGCGGCCACCGAGCACUGCCGUCGUCGGGGCCCCGUCUCGGCGAGUCGCCAAGACCAAAUUUGCGAUGUGAGCCGAGCUGCAAUGUAUCUUUCAGUCGGCCUAGC